AGCACUAGCGCAAAUUCACCUCAUCACGAGACCCAUCAUGGGACCGUGUAGCUCUAGUUUUUGAAAGCCAGUGUUUGGGGUCACCUAAACUGUCACAAUGGCGGGGGAAAGCAUCGCACCUGACUGGGAAUUUGACCGUUUUGACGACGGUUCACAGAAAAUCCACACAGAGGUCCAGCUGAAGAACUAUAGCAAGUUCCUGGAUGAGUAUACCUCUCAGCUCAGGGGUAUAGAAGAGGCCUUGGAUGACUCCAUUGGAGAUGUGUGGGACUUCACUUUGGACCCGAUCGCCUUAAAGUUGCUUCCAUAUGAGCAGUCAUCAUUAUUGGAGUUAAUUAAAACAGAUAACAAGGUUCUGAACAAAGUCAUCACAGUUUAUGCUGCUCUCUGUAGUGAAGUAAAGAAGCUCAAAUAUGAGGCAGAAACCAAGUUUUACAAUGGGUUACUGUACUAUGGAGAAGGAGUGUCUGACACCAGUGUUGUUGAGGGCGAGUCUCAGAUUCAGAUGGGCAGAUUCAUCUCAUUCCUGCAGGAACUGUCCUGCUUUGUGUCAAGGUGUUAUGAAGUGGUGGUUAACAUUGUCCACCAGCUGGCUGCCCUCUACAACAGCAACAAGGGUGCAACAAAAAUCAUUGAGUCAUCAGGUGUUCACUUCCAGAUAGUCUAUGAGCACCUUGGGGAGUUGCUGGUGGUUCUGCUCACACUCGAUGAGAUUAUGGAAAAUCAUGGGACACUGAAAGAUCACUGGAAGAUGUAUAAAAGGUUAUUAAAAUCAGUGCACCAUAACCCAGGGAAAUUUUCCAUUCCUGAGGAGAAGCUGAAACCAUUUGAAAAGCUCCUACUCAAGCUUGAGGGACAGUUACUGGACGGCAUGAUACUGCAGGCCUGUGUGCAGCAGAGGUUUGAUGAUCCUGGAGAAGGAGUAGCUGUAGCAAAAAACAGUGCCUUUGCUGAGGAGUUUGCCUUCAACAUACGCACCAUAUUCACCAGUGUUGAGUCUAAAAUUGGCGAGCCUUCAGAGAUUGACCAGAGAGAUAGAUAUGCUAGUGUCUGUGGUCUCUUUGUGCUUCACUUUUACAUCUUCAGGACCGUUGACAAAAAGCUCUACAAGUCCCUCCUUGAUAUCUGCAAAAAGGUUCCAGCUGUCACUUUGAUUUCUAACAUCAUCUGGUUUCCUGACAUUUUCCUUACAACUAAAGUCCCAGCUGCAGCUAAGCUUAUAGAUAAGAAGAGUCUACAGGCCAUUAAAACCCAGAGAGACACUUACCUGCAACAAAGAGCUCAAACUCUGGCAAAGGAUGUUCAGUCAUAUUACGUGUUUGUCACAUCCUGGAUGAUGAAGAUGGAGUCCAUCCUGUCCAAGGGUCAAAGAAGUGACAAGGUGGCAGAUGAUCUUAACAGCAGGUGUAAUGUGUUUGUACAGGGCAUCUUGUACGCGUACAGUAUUGGCACCAUAAUCAAGACUACCAUGAACAUGUACAUGUCGAUGCAGCGGCCCAUGACCAAGACAACUGUCAAAGCACUCUGCCGACUGGUGGAAUUACUCAAGGCUGUGGAGCACACAUUUCACAGGCGGUCCAUGGUUGUAGCUGAUUCAGUGUCUCACAUCACUCAGCAGCUGCAGUCACAGGCCCUGAACGCCAUCGGCAAUGCCAAGAAAAGGGUGAUCUCUGAUAAGAAGUACAGUGAACAGCGGCUGGAUGUGCUGUCGUCUCUGGUGCUGGCAGAAAAUGCCCUCAGUGGACCUAGCACCAAGGAACGACGCCUUGUGGUGUCUUUGGCUCUGUGUGUUGGCACCCAGCUGAAAACCUUCAAAGAUGAGGAACUGCUCCCACUGCAGCUUGUGCUGAAGAAGCUGGACCUUAUUAGUGAGCUGAGUGAGAGGGUUAAGCUGCAGUGUGACUGUAGCUUUCUUUACUGGCACCGAGCUGUGUUUCCUAUUUACCUAGAUGAUGUAUAUGACAACGCUGUGGACGCAGCACGAAUACAUUACAUGUUCAGUGCGCUGAGGGACAGCGUGCUGUCCAUGCUGCAUGCCAAACACUUGGAGUCGUGUGACCAGCUUUUGGAGAGCUACGACAAGGAGAUCAUGGACGUGUUCAACGAGCACCUGUUGGACAAGCUGUGUAAGGAGAUUGAGAAGGACCUGCGUCUCUCUGUACACACACACCUGAAACUGGAUGAUAGGAAUCCUUUCAAAGUUGGCAUGAAGGAUCUGGCCCACUUCUUCUCCCUCAAGCCCGUCCGCUUCUUCAACCGAUUCAUUCAUAUCAAAGCGUAUGUGACUCACUACCUUGACAAAACUUUCUACAACCUGACCACUGUUGCUCUGCAUGACUGGGCCACCUACAGUGAGAUGAGAAACCUUGCCACACAGCGCUAUGGACUGGUGAUGACGGAAGCACAUCUGCCGAGUCAGACUUUGGAGCAGGGUCUGGAUGUUCUAGAGAUCAUGAGGAACAUCCAUGUUUUCGUCUCGCGCUACCUUUAUAACCUUAACAAUCAGAUCUUCAUAGAGAAAGCAAGCAACAACAAGCACUUGAACACCAUUAAUAUCCGCCACAUUGCCAACUCCAUCCGGACCCAUGGCACAGGCAUUAUGAACACCACAGUGAAUUUCACGUAUCAAUUCCUGCGGAAGAAGUUUUACAUUUUCAGCCAGUUUAUGUACGACGAACACAUCAAGUCAAGACUCAUCAAGGACAUCCGCUUCUUCAGAGAAACAAAGGAUCAGUCCGAUCAGAAGUAUCCUUUUGAGCGAGCAGAGAAGUUUAAUCGUGGCAUUAGAAAGCUGGGCAUCACUCCUGACGGACAGAGCUAUCUGGACCAAUUCAGACAGCUCAUCAGUCAAAUCGGCAAUGCUAUGGGCUACGUGCGUAUGAUACGAUCUGGAGGACUUCACUGUUGCAGCAGUGCUAUCAGGUUUGUUCCAGACUUGGAGGACAUAGUAAACUUUGAGGAACUCGUAAAGGAGGAGGGAUUGUCCGAGGAGACCCAGAGAGCUGCUGGCGUUCUUGACUCGGUUUUGGGAGAUCUGACCAGCAACUCUGCUGAGGGAACAGAGUACUUCAAGAAGCUGGUGGCAGUCUUUGCACCCGAGUUUCGUAGUGCCAAGAAUAUGCAUCUGAGGAAUUUCUAUAUGAUUGUGCCCCCAUUGACUGUGAAUUUUGUAGAGCACUCCAUCAGCUGCAAAGAGAAACUCAGCAAGAAAAACAAAACUGGAGCUGCUUUCACAGAUGAUGGCUUUGCCAUGGGUGUGGCAUACAUUCUGAAACUGCUGGACCAGUAUCUAGAGUUUGACUCACUGCACUGGUUUCAGGCUGUCAGAGAAAAGUACAGGAAAGAGAUGAGCGCUGUUGUAAAGGAGCAGAACGUCCAGUCGGCCAGCCAGGAUGAGAAGCUGCUGCAAACUAUGAACCUCACACAGAAGAGGCUGGAUGUCUACCUGCAGGAGUUUGAGCUACUCUACUUCUCACUAAGUAGUGCCCGGAUCUUCUUCAGAGCAGACAAGACUGCAGCUGAGGAGACACAGGAGAAGAAGGAUAAAGAAGACGCUUCCAAACCAGGAGGUAAUUCAGACGCCAAUGAACCUACCUUGAAAUAAGCCCUAUUGAACAGAGGGAGCUGCCCGAUGGAUUAUAAUCCUGAAAGUACUGUGAAAUGUGCAUAGCUUGCACCUGGACGGGUGUCAGGGUGUGAGGAGAAGAUCUCAAGCAAGAUUGCACCAGUGAAAGUGAAUUUAGCAACAUGCAAUUACUGUAAACGGUAUUGGUUUCUAAGACUCUCACUGUGUGUUUUAGUACAAAUCAUCAACAGAGACAGAAUGUAUCUAAGCAACAUCCUGCAACUUUCAGGUGUUUGUCAGAUUCUAAUAAAUUUACUGAAAUUGUAGCAUUUACAAACUCAACUGCAAUUCAUCAAGUGUAAGGUGAAGCUUUACCUUAUCCUUUCUUUUGAAUACAAAGAUUCGCAGCUUUUUGAUACUUAUCUGGAUGGACUGAAUUAUUUUUCUACAGUAGAGGCAUCACUGGUGAUUAAUCUAUCAUUGAUCUAUUUACAUCUGUGCUUACUUGCAGUGGUAUCUUAGCGGUACUUGCUAGAUUUGAGUCGUGUAUUGAUGUAACAAAUGUCUGUGGCGUGUGAUGGCAGCCAUGUGGACUGUGGCACACUAUGGACUCCUCAGAAUGUUUUUAAGCCUAUGCUUGUGCCAUAUUUUCCUACUGUUCUUAUGUUGUGUCUCUGCCUUUCAAAAUUGUAGGUAAUGUUUUAAUAACCUAAUAAUAUGGAAAUGACACAUGAACAUUUUGAUUACUUCUCUUUAGGACUGGAGAUGUCAUCGCAUUUUGAUUUAGCUGUUUUGUCGGACUAACAUAUCAAACAUUUGGUCCCACUUACAUUCCAUAAAUUAAGUUUGCUUGACAAAAAAGCUGUGUUAAGUCUUUGACAACUAUUAAAACUUGCACUUUGGACAGAA